AUGAAUGAUCGACGUUCUUGUCCUCAUCAACAACAACAUGAACGGCAAACAUUUGAAGACAGAUGUCAAAUAUUAGAAAAUGAACUUAAACAAAAAAAUGAUACGAUUGGUAAACUUAGAAAUGAAAUCAUUCAUUCCAAUCAACAAUAUGAUCUAUCACGUUCAACAUCUAUUUCAACUGAACAAUUAUUUGUUCGUAAUACUACUCAACGUUCAAAUGGGAAUUUACUUAUUAAAAAUCGAGAAGUGGCCAAAUUGAAAGCAUUAAUUUUUGAAAAGGAUAAUGAACUUAUUGCACUUAAAUUAACUAACAAAAAUAGUCUAACACAGAUGGAAGAACAAAUGGAACGUGAACGAAAAGUUUGGAAUGAACAUAAAGAACUUUUAUUAGCCGGUGAACGAACAAAAUUUGAAGAAGAAAAAUCUCGUUUAGUUAAAGACUUUCAAGAUCAAUUAAAACUUGAACAAGAACGUUGUCAACGUUUAGAACAAAAAUUAUAUGAUGCACAGAUGGUUCGUCAUAGAAUUCUUUGA